GGACUGUAGCGCGCUUUACUCACAGUCGGUCUCGGCUCCAUUCACAAAAUCAGCAGAGUUUCCCGAACUCACUUAAAGUUUCCGCAGAAACUCAGGAGAGUCUUUUACACUCCCUUUUAUCCAAUGGAAGAAAAUCACCUACUGAGGUUUUACUAGACUUUUCUUCUCUUCUUCAAGGCGCUCCAGCACGUUUCUCCAGACUCUAAGGACAGUGGUAUUGCAGGACAGUGACGAUGCAGCUGUGGGCCAAAAUAUGGCAACUUGUACUACUCCCCCUACUGCUACUACCAGUGUCGUUCUGCAGCCCAUGUCCCCAGGACUGUACCUGCCAGGGUACACAGGACAGCAUCUUUUGCAUACAGAGACGUGCUUCCACCAUGCCCCUCGACCUUCCUGCCUCCACACAGAGCCUAUACGUGUUUCAGAAUGGAAUUAACUUCCUCAAAGAGCAGGACUUCCUUGGUCUGGUUGAUCUGAAACUGCUGGACCUUAGCCAGAAUGAACUAUCAGUGAUUCCCGACGGGGUUUUUGGCUCUCUCACCUCCCUGCACAACCUCGACCUCUCUUCAAACAAAAUAACUCAAAUCUCUAAAGACAGUUUUAAUGGGCUGGUGAACCUAGAAAGGUUGUAUAUCCACAACAAUCGCAUCCAGAGCAUUCACCCAGCUGCAUUCAAGGGAUUGGUGAACCUGUUGGAAUUGAAGCUUCAGGGGAACAAAAUCAGUGUACUUCCCUCUCUGCAUCUUCCCAAACUGUUGUUGCUUGACCUCAGCUUCAACAGUAUUCCUGCACCUGGCCCUGCUGACCUGCAGACACCCCACUUAGAGUCGCUAAAGUUGGCUGGGCUGGGGCUGACCACUUUGGAUGAAGGAUUACUGAGAAGCCUGGGAAAUCUUCAUGAUCUAGAUAUAUCUCAGAACAAGCUAGUAGGAAUGCCACCUGCAUUAAUAUCGGCAAAAGGGCUAACUCGCCUUAACUUAGCAGCUAACCCUCUGGGCCCUCUUCGUCAGGAGGACUUUAGGAGCCUGGUAGGAUUGCAAGAGCUAGAUCUGAGCAGCCUUCACCUGCAGGGAUUCCCUGUGGAGUUUUUCCAGUUGUUUCCCAAGCUACAUCAUCUAACAGCAGCACAGAACCCUUUCAACUGUGUUUGUUCACUGUCCUGGUUUCCCAACUGGAUGAAGGAUUCAAAUGUGGAUCUUUGGCGGAGUGAGGAGACACGCUGCCAUUUCCCACUCAUAAAUGCAGGCAAGAUGCUUUCUGAGCUAGAACACAAAGACUUUGGCUGCCCUGCCACCAUCACUGUACUCUCUGAGGUACUUACUAGCAGCAACAUCAUGCAUAAUACUCCAGAGGUUACAACUGCUCCACAUACCACCCUAAAUGUCCCUCCAUUUGUCCCCAGUGAGAAGUUACCAACUGAACAACACCAGCCUGUGCCCCCUGAGGCUUCUGCCUCUCCCAGAAGUAGCGAGGAAUAUGAGGAGCACAUGUGCCCUCCAAACAUAUGCCUGAAUGGCGGUAUAUGCAAGUUUGACAAGAAGGGCCAAGUAAAUUGUCUGUGCCCUCUGGGUACAUCAGGGCUGUACUGUGAAAACCAAGAUGAGUCCCAGCCUCCUCCACUGUCCCCGGGAAUUACUGUGUCAACAGUUCCUUCUAUAAAAACCGACAAGAUUAGCUUCCACCAUGUAACAAGCACCUCAAUUUCUCUGGAUCUGCACAGGUACAUAGAGUCCCGACCCAACAUCCGUGGAAUUCGACUGACUUAUAGCAACCUGUCUGGUCCUGACCGCAGACCGCUCCAACUCAAUAUACCUGCUUCGUAUCCAGAGUACACACUGAGAGGACUACAGCCCAACUGCACAUAUUUAGUUUGUGCCAGUCCACUAGAUGAGCUUGUAGAGGAAGCUGUCAGAUCCUGCAUGAAUGCUCAAACUGCUGGAGUCUCUAAGCCACCCAUGGUGAAUAGGCCUGAAACUUUCUCCAUUCUUGUACCCAUACUGGUCGCAGUAGCUGCGGUGAUGGCAGUGGCCUUAGUCGCAGCGGUGGUAGUGGUUUUACGGAGAAAAAGGGCAAAAACUCCCGCAGAUAUGGAUCUAGGUGAACCCACCCCAUUUGAAUUAGAAGGUGUGAAGAUGGGUUUGGAGAAUGGAACAUCACCCCAAAAACAGGCUGAGAUCUUGCCUUACCCGACAGCAUCUCAGAACGGCAUGGACUACGAGGUCCCGUUGAUCCAAGAACAAUUUGCAUCCAACAACAACACAGAUCACAGGAUACCAUCAUAUUUUUAACGCUGCACAUACCUUCAGUGCCUAGAGGUGCAUUCUAAUAACCCCUGCAGGCGGGUCAAGUGCAAACACAAGUGCAGUCGCAUGGUUUUGUGUGUUAAAAGUGACUUGUCUCAAAGUAUUUAAACAAAGUGCAAUCGCCAACCGAGGUAUUGUUCGUUUCUAAAAGUGCCUUUUUGCAUGUCCGACUUCUACUGCACUGUUCUCUAAUUGGAAAGGACAGUGUGCGCACACCAGAGUUAUGCUUGGUGUUGGUCACGAACGUCACCCGAACAUGUCCAGAGCCUGAAUCCGGAAGAAGAAUUUUUUACAUAUCUGCCUUUAGACUGCGGUUUGUUUUCUCUUCACCUUAUUGGAUCUCCAAGAGCUUGCUAUAGCACGCAGAUGCCAGAGUGGAUCAGUAACACGUUGAAAUAUGAUGGUGAACAACAGCAUUGACUGUAAGGGAAUCUUUUCUGCCUUUUGAAAAACACGCACAGAUAUAUACGUUUGAGGUCUAUGCCGGCUCUUCCGAACAAAUGAUGCACUGAUUGACACUUGUUCGAAAUGGCUUAAUUGGAGAACACAGAGAGGUUGUUCGGCCGUCAUUCCUUCAUGCUGCAGCUUCCAAAACACUUCCUUCCCUGGCCCUCAAAUAUUUUUUUUAGAGUUUUGCUGUGAAAAAAUGAUGUUUACCCUUGUGCAUAGUUUGUGCUGUAUAUGUGAAAAUUGACUGUUUUUUUUGAGCUGAUAUUUUAUUUUUCUAACAUUUUAUAUCUCAAAGCAUGCAGACAUUGUUGGCAGAGCCUGUAUGUUUUAUUGUUUGCUUUGUAAUCAGGAGCACUUGAAAAGCUGGUUUGCAGUCCACCUUCUGACAAAUUGUAGAUCACAAUCUGGAAAUCUGUUUUUAUUCUAUCGCAGCGUAUCUCUUGUGGUUCGGUACUUCUCGCAGACUUUAUCAAUCAACUGUUGCAUGAUGACUAGACUUAACUCGUUUAAGCUUGCCGCAUGAUGAAGAACCAUUUCACAAGAAAUGUCCCAAAAGCUCCAUUUGAAGGACUGAGACACUGAGGUGGUACUCUGCUUGAAGUAACAUAAGAAAUGAUACACUCACAAAGACCAGAAAGGGAACUUGGGAGUCUUUCAGCAUAUUUGACCACGUUGCUUGAAAUUAGUCCCAAGAGUGUGUGUUAGUGUGAGUGUGUUAGUGUGAGUGUGUGUGACUAAGCUUUGCUGCCAGCAGACUGUGAAAAGGUUCAAAGUCAAGUGAAUGUUGUAUAUACCUAGUGUAGUCUGUCUGGAGAUGAAGUUUCUAACACGUGAAGGAAAAAUCCACCCCGAAACACUCUGAACAAGUUGAGUUCCUUCAGACAUAUUAGUUUAUAUUUACUUUGGAGAACAGCUUCAUAAAUCACCCACAAUGCUGCUCCGCCUGCUUAUACAACGGGAUUUAGCACUUGCAUAGAAGUGAGUGAUGCGGUGGCGCUUUAGUAACGUUUCCAGCUCUCAGAUCAGCUUCCUGAUUUGCUACUAACUUAUAGCUUAUAUGCCACGCUAGCUAACCGAGCCAUAUAGCUACAAUGCAUUCUGGAGAUCUGAGUCCAGCCUUUUUUAUUUGCCGUGUCCACCACUUAUACCUUGAAUUUUUAUUUUAUUUGAUGUUAAACGUUUGCAAGUGCAACAAACGACGGCUAAUUUCUUACAAGUUACCACACCCGCCAGGAAAUUAGCACCAGAAUGGUUAAAACACAAAACGAUUAUAAUAACAAACACGUCUCGUGUUUCGGGGUGGAGUGUUCCUUUCUCUACUGAAAUGAUGAACAUCAUAAAUCCAUUCGAAUACUUAAUCCUUUUUUCCCCUGAAAGUACAGCCAAGAUUUUCUUAAUGAGCAACAGCACACAUCAAUCCGAACUUGAUGGAAAAAGCCUUUUCAGCUCUGGAGUCUCCGUCGAUUUUGAGCGUUCUUCACUCCUGCUUGUUACACAAGUACCUCCCAGUCUGCGCAGAUGGCCCCGGCACCCGGCACAUCCAAACAUUUAAACUGGAAAGAGGAGCCGCUUCACACAGCGCAAGGGACCGAAACUAUUUGAAACAUUUGCAAAGCUUUUUCAAGUCCCCCUUUUUAACUUGGGGGAGUUUAUUAUUUCUUUCUGUAAUGUUUUGUGUAUGCAAAACCCGAGGCUUGUCUCGCAUUCUCUCUCUGUUUUUUUUUUUUUUUUUUUUUUAACUGUAAAAACACAUAUGUGUUUAAAAAAGAAAAAAAAGAAAGACGUCUUUUGAGAAAAUACAAAUGCAAAAAAAAUA